AUGUCUCCUGAAUCUUGCAAAUAGACAGAAUAUUCCCCCCACUCUAAGUUUCCACCUGAGACAUCUUUACUUUAGAUUCAAUAUUCUUACAAUGCAGAGAAUGAUGAUCUCUAAAUAAUUUUUUAUGGCAUAUCUGACUACUACAUAAAGGAAUAGAUUGAAUUCCUCUAAGCUAAUUUCAUUCAUUUGAGAAAUAAUCCUGAUCAGCAAGUUAAAAAGAAUUCCUAACAAUAGUAGAUGAGAGAUUAGACAGGAUUCACUGUAGCCAAGGCUCUAAAUGUAAUGGCAGCAUACAUUUCACAAAUGCAGAGUGAGCAAUAAAUGAGUGAGAUACUCUAGUAAGUCAUAAGAACUUGCACAAAAGUGAAUGAGAACUCUUAAUUCCAAGCAAUAAAGAAUAUGCUCUUAGUAUUCUCUGAAUAUAAGUUCUAUCCUCUAAUGCUUGAAUAGAUCUAGAGAAAUUUCAUUGAAUUCUAAUUUUACAAAAAAUCAAACUAUUUGCUUUCAGUUGAAGAGUUGCUAAACAUUUAGCACUCAAGAAUUCUUGAUGCAAUUUCUCAGAACUUAAUUAUUCAAAUCACCUCUUCCAACUCGGAGUAAAAGUUUAUAACUGUGAUGACUAGACUUUAAGUUAUAAGUGAAACUAUCGAGGCUUAUAGAUUAAAUUUGUUGAUAUCAUAGUCAAACAGAUUUGAGUACCUUAUGAUAUUGGAAAAGCUUUCUAGAUCAGUAAGAGAUUAACAAUAUGAAGAUAUCAGAAUGAUUCUAAAAGAUCUGAAUGAGAGACUUUAGGUACCUGAAUAGCUAUAUAUUCCAGUGUUUAAGAUUAUGGAACCUGCAAUGCUCAAUUCAAACUUCUAGCUUAGCCUCGAUCAAUACUUAAUUCUCAGCAAAUUGCUGCCUCACAUUGAUAAGAAUUCUAAUGAUAAAGAAUUUGGGAAAUUAUUAUGCUAUAAAGCGAUCACUAUUUGA